CACCACGCCAUCCAAGCCCCCAGGGCUACCGAGGACCAUGACUAAGACAGAUCCUGCCCCAAUGGCCCCUCCGCCCCGAGGGGAGGAGGAAGAGGAGGAGGAGGAAGAGGAGGAACGGGUCCCAGAAGCCCCCAGCCCCACCCAGGAGCGCCGGCAGAAGCCCGUUGUGCACCCCUCAGCACCUGCUCCGCUCCCCAAGGACUACGCUUUCACCUUCUUCGACCCCAACGACCCCGCGUGCCAGGAGAUUCUGUUCGACCCGAAUACCACCGUCCCGGAGCUGUUUGCCAUCGUGCGCCAGUGGGUGCCCCAAGUCCAGCACAAGAUAGACGUCAUCGGCAAUGAGAUUCUGCGCCGUGGCUGCCACGUCAACGACCGUGACGGGCUCACAGACAUGACGCUGCUCCACUACGCGUGCAAGGCUGGGGCGCAUGGAGUCGGAGACCCUGCGGCCGCGGUGCGCCUCUCACAGCAGCUGUUAGCGUUGGGUGCCGAUGUGACCCUACGCAGCCGCUGGACCAACAUGAACGCACUUCACUAUGCCGCCUAUUUCGAUGUCCCAGACCUUGUACGAGUGCUGCUGAAGGGGGCGAGGCCCAGGGUGGUAAACUCCACGUGCAGUGACUUCAACCAUGGCUCGGCUCUGCACAUCGCUGCCUCGAAUCUGUGCCUGGGUGCCGCCAAAUGUUUACUGGAGCACGGUGCCAACCCAGCGAUGAGGAAUCGAAAGGGACAGGUGCCAGCGGAAGUGGUCCCGGACCCUAUGGACAUGUCCCUUGACAAGGCAGAGGCGGCACUGGUGGCCAAGGAACUGCGGACGCUGCUGGAAGAGGCUGUGCCUCUGUCUUGUACCCUUCCCAAAGUCACGCUACCCAACUAUGACAACGUCCCGGGCAACCUCAUGCUUAGUGCGCUGGGCCUCCGCCUGGGGGACCGAGUGCUGCUGGACGGCCAGAAGACCGGCACACUGAGGUUCUGUGGGACCACGGAGUUCGCCAGCGGCCAGUGGGUCGGGGUGGAGCUAGAUGAACCGGAAGGCAAGAACGAUGGCAGCGUUGGGGGUGUCCGCUAUUUCAUCUGCCCUCCAAAGCAGGGUCUCUUUGCUUCCGUGUCCAAGGUCUCCAAGGCGGUGGACGCGCCCCCCUCGUCUGUUACCUCCACACCCCGCACUCCCCGCAUGGACUUCUCCCGUGUAACUGGCAAAGGCCGAAGGGAACACAAAGGAAAGAAGAAGUCCCCGUCUUCCCCGUCACUGGGCAGCCUGCAGCAGCGCGACGGGGCUAAAGCGGAAGUUGGAGAUCAAGUCCUUGUGGCAGGCCAGAAGCAGGGCACCGUGCGCUUCUAUGGGAAGACUGACUUCGCUCCCGGUUACUGGUAUGGCAUCGAGCUGGACCAGCCCACAGGCAAACAUGACGGCUCCGUGUUCGGCGUCCGGUACUUUACCUGCGCCCCGAGACACGGGGUCUUCGCACCGGCAUCCCGCAUCCAGAGGAUUGGUGGAUCCGCCGAGCCACCUGGAGACAGUGUUGGGGCCAAAAAAGUGCAUCAAGUGACAAUGACACAGCCCAAACGCAGCUUCACAACCGUCCGGACCCCAAAGGACAUCGCAUCAGAGAACUCUAUCUCCAGGUUACUCUUCUGCUGCUGGUUUCCCUGGAUGCUGAGGGCAGAGAUGCAGUCUUAGAGGCCCUGGAUCUCCCAACCAAGAGUCAGAGUCCCCCUCUAGCAUUCUCCUGACACCAGGAGCCCCCCAGUCAGUCACCCCAAGAUAGAAAUUCCCAGUGACACGUCCAGAAUAGAAAACCCCGUUAGCCAGCCCUCGACUACUGAGGUCCCAUUAUUAACAGAUCUCCCAUGACAGAUCCCCAAACACAGACCUCAUGA